AACUCAUUCCGUCCGGCAGAGACGCAUCUCUCAUUUCUGCCACUUCCUUGUUCCUCUAUUGUCUCUCCAAGAAGCAGAAGAAGAAUAAGAGACCCCGUACGAAUUGCUAGCUGUCAGUUCCACGAUGGGAGGCGCCUUUAGCAGCUCUUCCAAGAGCACUACUAAUAAAAAGUCGAUAGCUCAGAGCCAAGUCACCGAUGUUGAUCGAGCCAUUUUGGACUUGAAGAAUGCGCGAGAUCGGUUGACGAAAUACAAUGCCUCGUUGGAGACGUCCAUUGAAAAGCUGGUGGAGAGAGCAAAGGCCGCCAAAGAAGCUGGCCGAACACAGACGGCCCUUGGACUGUUGCGUCUCAAGAAAUACAAACAAGCGCAAGUGGAGAGUUGUCAGACACAACUGCUGAAUGUUCAUCAGAUGAUUGAAACCAUUGACAGUCAACAACGAAAUGCCCAACUUGUAGAAUCCAUGAAGGCAGGAAAGGAUGCUCUUGCCAAAUUGCAUGCCGAAACCACAGUCGAUGAUGUUCUCAAUUUGAUGGAUGAAAUCUCCGAACAACAUGGCGUCGAACAGGAAAUCACCGAUGUUAUCAACGGAGCAGUGCCCAGUCUGACGGCCGACCAAGAGGAGGCCGUCGAGGCAGAAUUGGCGGCCUUGGAAGCAGAAUUGGCAGGAACCACACCAACAACAACCACAACCACAGAAAAGCUAGACCUACCAAUAGCUCCAGGCGAUGCCUUGCCCGAGAUCAAACAGCCUGUGGCGGAGGCAAAGAAACAACCCGAGCGAGUGCCCAUUGCUGGCUAGUUUUGAUGCUUGACUAAGAGUUGAAGACAAAAGCAACGAUUUGUAAAAACGCAUAGGAUUAUUUAUUAUUCAUGGGCAACAAUCAAUAGCUCUAUUUGUGUGUGU